AGACUGAGACAGGUCUGGGUCUAGACCUCCAUGCCAGGCUAGAUGAUGAAGAGCCUCCAGUUCAGAAGCAUCGCCCCAAAGGCCCCAGCAGCGGUGGUUCCCUCCCCGACCCCCGUCCUGUCCUGCCAGCACCCCUCUGCCCUCCCUGAGGCAGCCUCUACAGCCGUCAGCCCCAAAUCCAUCCUGGUCCCGGCCCAGAACUAUGCCCUGAUGCAGGUAGCAGGACAGGAGGGCACCUUCUCUCUGGUGGCCCUGCCGCCCUCCGUAUCCCCUCAAUCUCCACAGCAACAACAGCCGCAGCAACAGCCAAUCCAGAAGAACCUGAAGCUGCCCAUCCCCAGGUACCAGCCAAUGAGGACCAAGAGCACCCCGGAGAAGGUCAAAUUAGCCACAUCCACCGCCGUGACAACCCGGCCACAAAGGUCGAUAGCGGCGGUAAAGAAGAAGUUGUCAUCGCCGGAACCCAAGGAGGAGCCAGCAAAACAGGUCAUACUGAUCGACUCCACAGCCUCCUCUGAGAUCUCAGCCCUCACAGCCCUGCUCCCGGACAACGCUGUGCUCUACUCUGGAUCUCCGCUGGAGCGAGUAGCAGUGGUGGACACCACCAUCAACCACCGGUCCACUCCUGCCCCCGGCCCGGGCCCCAUCACCAGCAUGCUGCAGAACCUCCACUACCCAUCUGGUGGUGUUACUAAAAGCUCCCCAAUCAAACUGCCACAGGAGGAGCGCAACGGUAAGGGCGUCAGGCCAUGCCAACCCAAGCCUGUAGCCCAACAGCCCCAGCCCCAGCCCCAUCCACAGCCAGCUAGUAGCAGCAUCACCGUCCUCUCUCCAGCCAUCUUCAGCAAAGCUGUCCAGAUUAUCCCCUCCCCACCCAAAGGCAAGCUGCCCAUCCUGCCCUACUCCAACAUAAAAAGCACCCUCAUACCUGCCACCAAACUCAACCUCAAUGCCAUAUCCCCCAAAAAGGCUUUCCCCAGCCAGCCUGGCUUGCCCGGCCUCACCCCGUAUCCCUCUGAUCCCCAGUCCAAGACCCCAGAGACUGCCGAGGCCCUCUGUCAGAACCACAUGCCAAACUCCCUGCUGCAGAGCCAGCCUCAGGCCAAGACCACAGGCACCCUGUCGCUGCUGGGAACGCUUCAGAUGCAGAAACCACCGGGCAAGAAGAGGGGGAGGAAGAGGAAGACAAUGGAGGAUAUUCUGGCCUUCGAGGCAAGGAAGAAGAGGUCCUUGUCGUUCUUUCGGAGGAGGGUUCCAGAGAAGCCUUCUCCUUCGGCUGUCAUCUCGCAGCAGAGGGAGGUGGACAUCUCUAAGAAGUACCGCAGCAUCAGACCCAAGCCUCACCACAUGCUGCUGAUGGAGACAGUUCCCCAGCUGGUCAGCCUGCCAUCCCUCACCUCCUCCGACAGCCUGGAACCAGAGCUCCUCGUAGGGCACCAACUCUCUGCCAAGGUCCUGGAGCCUGGUCCUCCCCAGCCCCAGUCAGCCUCUACCCCGCUUCACCUGAGAGGGGGUAGUUCCUCUCAGAGGGUCUACCUGGGCAGUAGCCGGCCCCUCCACCACUGCCCCACCUGCAGCCGCUGCUUCCAGUUCAAACACCACCUGCAGAGCCAUAUGAACAGCCACACCAACAGUAGGCCUUAUGUCUGUCCAGUGUGCCGUAAGGCCUAUGCCCACUCCGGCUCCCUCAGCACGCACAUGAAGCUGCACCACUCAGAGAGCCGACCACGCCGGACGCUUCGCUGUGAGUUCUGUGAGAAGGCAUUUGGCUACGUGGGCGUGUACUUCAGCCAUCUGAGGGAGGUGCAUAAGGUCAUCCUGACUGUGGAGCCGUCCAUCAGCCAGCAUGAAGACGACGUGCCUGUGGAGGGGUGACUACCUACAUUUUCUGAAUUAUAAAUAGUACCUACAUACUGGUAUACUUAUCUCAUCAAUAGGACUCUUGACUUUUGGUCACUGUCAGUUUGAUUAAUUUCUUAGAAUAUUAAUAGCUUCUCAUCACUUUUCAUAAAACACCACAGUUCUUCCUCCCAUCAUGUCUGUCUCCAUCUUGUAUGUGUCUCCAGGGCGAUGUCUCCAGACCUGGGGGACGAGCAGGGCCAGGAGGAGCGCGAGGACCCGGUGGAGCUCCAGAUCAAGUGUGGCCGCUGUCAGGCCAUCACCCCCACCUUCGCCGACAUGAAGCUGCACCUGCUCUACGUGCACGGGGAGGAGGUGCAGGUGCACCUGCGGGAUGGGGCUGGGGGGCUGGGAGGGGCACUCCAAGGGGGCAGGGAGGCUGAGGAUGAGCUGGUGAAACACGCCGCCCACUACUGGCGCCAGCUCAACGAGAAGAGGAACCUGGUCCGGUGCGGGAGCUGUGACGAAGAGUUCUUCUCCUUCUCCAAGCUGAAGCGUCAUAUCCUCUCCCACCACCAGGGGGGGGCGGAGGACGAUGGGGAUGGAGACGGAGAGGGGGAGCCGACCGGCUGCUCGGCCCGAGAAGGGCGAGGGGUCCUCGGGCAGGGCUCAGUGUUUAACUGUGUGCUGUGCAGCCAGGUCCUGGACAGUAAGGAUGAGGUGAUGGAGCACUGGACAGGCCACCACCACUGUGAGGAGACCCAGGUACUCUGGGAGGCCCUCAGCUCCUACUCAGGGGACAGGGAGAUGGACUCGCCCUCUCACAGCCCACAUUAA